UCCAAGCGAACGCGACACGCACUGAGUUUCAGUGGAAGGGUCGCAUAUUGCGGUACAAAAUAGUCCCAAACACCGAAGAGCGACGGAGUUCCCUGGCCCCGCAGACGUCGCCGCUAUUUACUAAACACCGGGAUAGCGUUUGUUUUAAAGUGACUGUUCAACCCCAAGAUGAACUUCGAGCAGCCCCCUCCAUACCCAGGCAAUGGCCCAACUGCUCCAGGCUACCCAGCCCAACAAGGCUACCCACCUCAGGGUUAUCCUGCACAGGGAUACCCUGUGAACAUGGAGCAGCCUAAUCCAGCAUACCCUAACUACCCUGCAGGACCAAUGGGCCCUGGAGGUCCUUAUCCUGGCCCAGGACAGCCUCCUUAUCAGGGCUACCCUGGACAACCACAGUUUGGCUGGCAGGGUGGACCCCCUCCUGGACCUAUGUAUGGAGAGCCUCCUAAGAACACAGUGUAUGUGGUGGAAGACAGGAGAAGGGACGACACAGGAGACACAUGCCUGACAGCCUGCUGGACAGCUCUGUGUUGCUGCUGUCUCUGGGACAUGCUGACAUAACGCUAUUCCCCAACUGUUCACCCCCAUUACCCUCUUGCCCCCAUUUCUGUGCCUCAAACCCCAUCGCCUCUCUCCCCCUGUCUGCCUUACUACCCUCCCAUUUCCUCUACAAGUCCUGUACUCGUCCGUAAAUGAAAGCCUUGAUCCCGUAUGGAAGCCUCUUCCCAGAGCCACUCACUCUACCUUGAUGUGAAGCCCCUCAGCACUGACUGACUGACCUGUUCAGGGUUACGCUGUUGCAGCUUGUAACUGAGCUUCUAAACAUAACCUGAAUCUCAGGCUCUACACUGAAAUUGUGCACCAACACAUAACACACACACACGCACGCACAUACACACACGCACACACACACACACACACACACACACACACACACGCACACAGUACACUUGGAUCUCAGGCUCAUCUGGCGUGAUGCUCUUUGGCACUUUAUGAUCAUUACCUCUGUAAGAUAACACUCCUGCCUGCCCCCCUCAACCAUCCACAGCCCUCCUUAACCCUCCCCUCAGCUAUGCUCUCUACAAUGCCCAAGGACUGCCCCUUAUUUCUGGACCCCCCCCCCCCUUCACUCAAAGGCCACCAAGACCCUGGCUGCUAAUGAGCCACGGGGUGCUCUUAAGACGCUGAUGCUUGAAAUGUAUCCCUUUAAUUUGCACACAAGUUGUUUUUGCAAAUGUCUGUUUUCAGGUGGAAUCAUACGACAAUAAAUGGAAUGCAUUUUUAAAGAUGACGGUGAUUUAUGUUUGAUUACUGUUAACUCUUGAUGGCCGCGAUGUCUGUGUUUUUUUUUUUCUUGCUUACCCUGAUGUGAAAAAAAUGAUUCUAAUAUUAUUUUUAUUAUAUACCUUGGAAAUAAAACUGAAAAUGUGAAAAAAAAAGAAAGAAUAAAGGUUGUGAUUGCUAAACAUACGAAACCAAUUUACCCAUUAGAUGCAUUUUGCUUUAGAUGAGUCUUGCAUUAAAAUAAUUUAUUGCCAUAA